CUCUGUGGGCUAUCGCCAUGGCAACUUGCCAACACCAUCGUACGUACGUGCACGAGAAAAAAACAUUUCAAUGCCGCGCGAAAAUUCUAUCCUCUUUUGCUAGCUUCCAUCCCACUGUGCAUCCUGCUGACUGUGACAGCUGCGUCCACGGGCGCCAUGCGGCGGCGCUCCACGUUCGCCGUUCUCCUCUUCGCGGCCGCCGCGCUCCCGCUCGCCGCCGGCCAGCCGUGGCAGCUCUGCGGCCGCCGCGGAGGCGGCGGCGGCGGCACGUACACGGCGAACAGCACCUACGACACCAACCUCCAGAGCCUCAUCGCCGCCCUCCAGCAGAACGCCUCCACGUCGCCCACUCUCUUCGCCGCCGGCGCGCUCGGCGCCGCCCCGGACGCCGUCUACGGCCUCAUCCUCUGCCGCGGCGACGUGAGCUCCUCCGACUGCUACGACUGCGGCACCAGGGCCGGCCAGGACGUCGCCCCGGCGUGCAACCGCACCAGGGACGCCAUCCUCGUCUACAACCAGUGCUACACCCGCUUCUCGGCGGCCGGCGACUUCCUCGCCUCCGCCAACAACUCCGGCCAGGCGCCGCUCAUGAACAGCGACAACGUCACCACCGCCGACGUCGCCGGCUACGACCGCGCCGUCACGGAACUCCUCAGCGCCACCCUGAUGUACGCGGUAGUGAACACCACGAGGCUGUUCGCCACGGGGCAGCGGGUGGGCGCCGACCCGGGGUUCCCGAACAUCUACUCGGCGGCGCAGUGCACGCCGGACCUGUCGCCGGCGCUGUGCCGGAGCUGCCUCGAGGACCUCGUCGCCAGGUGGUGGAAGACGUUCCCGCGGACCACGGUGGGGGCGAGGAUCGUCGGCACGAGGUGCAGCUUGAGGUCGGAGGUAUCCCAGGACAAGUUCUACACCGGAGCCCCGAUGCUGAAGCUGUGGGCCGACGGCCUCUCGCCGGCGGCGGCGGCGGCGUCGCCGGAUGCUGCGCCGGGCACUACGGGAGUCAAGAAUAAUUCAGCAAACAAAAUUCUGGAAAUCGUCUUGCCGAUAGUGGCAGUUGCAAUCGUAGCUGCAGUUUCCAUCCUCUUGUGGAAUAUACGCAAGAAGAGAAGACGAGGGAAAGCAGAGCAUUUCACCGGACCUGAUGCAGCUGAGGACUUCGAAAGUGUCAAGUCAACCCUGCUAUCUCUGGCAUCACUGCAAGUAGCGACGGAUAAUUUCAAUGAAAGCAUGAAACUCGGCGAAGGGGGAUUCGGUGCUGUUUAUAAGGGGCUUCUUUUCAGACAAGACGUAGCAGUGAAGAGGCUAGCGAAGGGUUCAAACCAAGGGUUGGAAGAGGUGAAAAACGAGCUAGUUUUGGUGGCCAAACUUCAUCACAAGAAUCUUGUGCAGCUUGUGGGGUUUUGCCUAGAAGAGGGAGAGAGGAUGCUCGUCUACGAGUACAUGCCCAACAAAAGUCUCGACACCUUUCUUUUUGAUGAAGAGAAAAGGAGACAGCUAGAUUGGACUACACGAUUUAGGAUCAUUGAAGGCAUUGCUCGGGGCCUUCAAUAUCUCCAUCAGGACUCCCAGAAAAAGAUCGUACACCGAGACAUGAAGGCGAGCAACAUCUUGCUAGACGCAGACAUGAACCCAAAGAUUGGGGACUUUGGACUUGCUAGGCUCUUCGGACAAGACCAGACUCGAGAGAUUACAAACCGCAUCGUUGGGACAUUUGGGUACAUGUCUCCUGAGUACGUGACGCAUGGGCAGUACUCCACGAAAUCAGAUGUGUUCAGCUUCGGCAUUCUCGUCAUAGAGAUCGUGACGGGCCGGAGAAGGAACAACGGGCCCUAUUUCUUUGAGCCAAACGAAGAUAUAAUAAGCAUAGUAUGGAGGCACUGGGCAGAGGGAAACAUUAAGGAGAUCAUAGAUCACUCCUUGGGAAGAAACUACCCUGAAGGCGAGGUGCUAAAAUGUGUUAACAUUGGUCUCCUGUGUGUCCAGCAGAACCCUAUAGAUCGUCCAACAAUGGCCGAUGUCAUGGUUUUACUUAAUAGCGAUGCUACUAGCACUCUGCCGGCCCCUGUAGUUCAUAUUCCAGUAGCAUCUUUCUCCGAUGGAAGCUCUGGUUAUUCUCAAACCGUGACACAAUUGUCUCCCAGGUAGCAGGGCCUAAAGCAGAGCUUGCCAUCGCUAGUGUAGUUGGCUUGUUGCUUGUUUUUGUUUCGAGUUGGAACUUGAAACUGUAUAUAUUGUCAUUUUGUGAUAAGUGGUCAAGAGCUUGGCCACACGAGCCCAAUGCUACAGAAUCACCUACAGAAGCGUAGGACACAUCACUGUAUAUUGGGAUUCCAAAAAUCUGCUUAUCUGAGAAAUUA